GACAGCUAAGUUCUCCUCGUGUUGUUUGACACUGAUAUCAUUUAGUCUGUUUGUUGUUUAAAGUAAUCAAAUUAAUUGAAUAUUAUGUCUCGAGUUGUUGUCAAAAACCUUCCAAACGGGACAACCGAAUCAAAACUCCGGCAACUCUUUAGCGAGCAUGGAAACAUUACAGACGUUCAACUAAAAUAUACAAAAGAGGGAAAGUUCAGACAGUUCGCCUUCGUUGGCUAUGAAACAGAAUAUUCUUCAUCGCAAGCAAUCAAAAAUCUGAACAAAUCAUUCGUCAACACCAGUCGAAUAUCGGUGGAAAUUUGUGCAGCGCUUUCCGACGAAAGUAAGCCAAAAUCAUGGAGCAAAUACUCAAAGGAUAGUUCAGCAUUUCAGAGAAAGAACAAGGUUGAUGAAUCGACUGACACAGCUGUGGUCCAAGAGAAUGCCAAGAGUAAUCGGAAAGAGAAGAAGAAGAAAAGCGAAAGAAUCCAGGAAAUUCUCGGUGACCAUCUGAAGGAUCCCAAGUUCAUUGAGUUUAUGGACGUUCAUGGUAAAGGACAAUCGGUUUGGAAAAAUGACUUGGGCUUGGCUGAAGAAGAAGAUGGUGAUGAUGAUGAUAAUGUUAAGGACGAUAAUGCUAAUGAGAAAAAAACGGAGGUGGAAGCUGAAAAUGAAUCGUCUGCUGUUGAACAUGAAGACGAUUUAAAAGCGGCUGAUGAGGAUAUCAGUGACUCGGAAUAUAUGAGACGAUUAAUGCCAGAGAAUGCACAGCCGAAACAAAAAGAGAAGAAGCUAAAGGUUAAGGCAGCAAAACUGAUGGACCUGUUAACCAUAAAAGUCAGAAAUAUUCCAUUCAAAGCCAAACGGCAAGACAUCAUAACUUUCUUCAAGCCAAUCAAACCGUUUUCAAUUCGUCUGCCAGUAAAAGUGCACGGCAUUUGCUAUGUUGGCUUCAAAACGGAAGCAGAUUUCAAAAAGGCCAUGCUGAAAAAUCGUAGUUUUUGGAAAGGUAAACAACUGCUGUUCACCGAUUUCACCGAGAAGAACAAACAAACCAAAGACAAAAUCGACAUGGACAACAAUGACAUUUCGAAUCCGAAAUGGGACAAGCAACGGGAAGCGUUGAAAAGCGAAGAGGAUAUCUCCGAAUCGGGUCGAAUUUUCUUCCGAAAUUUGCCAUAUUCGACGAAUGAGACGGAUCUGCGUGAAGUGUUUGAGAAAUUCGGUCCGAUUGCUGAUGUUCAUUUGCCGAUCGACGGUGUGACAAGAAUUAUCAAAGGCUUUGGUACCGUGACGUACGUGCUACCCGAACAUGCGGUUAUUGCAUUCAACAAAUUGGAUGGCACAACAUUCCACGGACGGCUUCUGCAUCUAAUACCGGGAAAAUCGCUGCCCGACGAAGAACAGGAAACGGACAGCAUGAAUUUCAAGCAGAAAAAGGCAUUGAAGCUGAAAAAGACUGCAGGAUCAGCACACAAUUGGAACACAUUGUUUUUGGGUGGCGAUGCGGUCGCUAAUAUUUUGGCCAAAAAUUACGGAACAACAAAGGAACGAGUACUUGAUUCGGCAUCGGGCGAAAUGAGCGCCGCUGUUCGGUUGGCAUUGGGUGAAACCGAAAUUGUAAUGCAAAUGAAACGAUUUUUGGAAGACAAUGACGUUGUUUUGGAUGCAUUUGAUUCGAUGAUUGGUAAGAAGCGGUCGAACACAGUCAUUUUAGCCAAGAAUUUACCAGCAAGUACGGAAGUGAGAGACUUACAACCAUUGUUCGCCAAAUUUGGAUUGAUCGGACGGAUUGUCUUGCCACCGAGUGGUGUGACUGCGUUGAUUGAAUUCCUAGAACCAUCAGAAGCGAAAGCUGCGUUCCGUAAACUCGCAUACUCAAAGUUUAAGGAGCUGCCUUUGUACUUGGAAUGGGCGCCCGAAAACAUUUUCAAAUCGGCGUCGUCGAAACCAAUGAGUUUGACUGAACUAGAAUCCAACAAAACUACAAAUCGUCCGAAAUUAUUUGAUAAACCAAUCGUACCGGAAAUCACCGAACUAAUAGCUGAACCUGACAGUGUGGAAGACGAUACGGAUCCGGAACUGGGCACCACAAUAUUCUUACGGAAUUUGAAUUUUACAACCAGAGAAGCGGCAGUUCGCGAACACUUCCAAAAACUCGGUGCCAUUCACAUGAUUCAGGUGGCAAUGAAAAAGGACCCAGAGAACCCGCAGAAUCGCAUAUCGUUGGGCUAUGGCUUCAUUCAGUUUAAACGGAAGACAGUUGCAGAACGGGCACUGAGCACAAUGCAAUUUACAACCAUCGAUGGGAAUAAAGUGGAACUGAAAAGAAGCGAUCGGACCCUACAGUACGGUUUUCUGUUUGUAUUAUUUGUGAAAUUUGUGUCUAAUUGUUCUGUUUUACACAGAUCUCAAGUUGCUACGACGAAAAAGGUAGCGAAGGCGAUGAAGCAGACUGGUACGAAGAUUCUAGUGAGAAAUAUUCCCUUCCAAGCGAAGCAACAAGAAGUUGAAGAGAUUUUCAAAACAUUUGGCGAACUAAAAUCAAUUCGUCUACCACGCAAAAUGUCUGCCGAUCAGGAAACACAUCGAGGAUUCGGUUUCGUGGAUUUUACCAUGAAAACUGAUGCGAAGAAAGCGUUCGAUGCGUUAAGUCAAAGUACCCAUUUGUAUGGACGACGUUUGGUGUUAGAAUGGGCCGCUGCCGAAGACGGGGUUGAGGAGCUUCGAAAACGUACCGCCGAUCACUUUCAUGAUUCGUCAAAGUCGAAUAAACGGAGAAAAGGUGUUUUCGAUGCCAGUGAAAUGGAUGUGUUGGAUAAACAAGAGGCGGACGAAGAAUUAUGAGAAUUUGUGCGAAAGGAGAUGGAAAAGAAUUUUGUUGAAUAAAAUUACGUUUGGAAAAGAA